AUGUAUUGCCCGAUCAUAUAUCAAGUAUUUGCUCUUCUCGUUACCGUAACACAUACAAGAGCGUCUCUGUCCGAUAUCUUCUCCUCUUACGCUCUGCCCAUUUCGUCAGAAGAAUGGGCAACCCUCAAUCAAUCCGUCGAAGGCCGUCUCUAUCCUGGGCAGCCUGUGGGAUUGCCAUGCUACAAUAAUUUCAAUGGCAAAAACCGCACCGUGGUUCCAGCCGCGUGCGAGGUUGUGGAAAAGAACAAGCAUAACGCAGCGUUCUUGACGACGCAGAUGGGCGGAUACACUCAGGGUAAUUGGGGAGUCUGCCAACGCACAGGAGCCGGCUGCCCAACCUCUCCGCUUUCAAAAAUCAUUCCCGAUGCCAAUUGCACUCAAGGCGCCAUCCCGUCUUUCUUCGUCGAUGUCCGUAAAGUUUCGGACGCUCAAGCCGGAUUAAUCUUUGCAAAUAAGUUCAAAGUUCCCAUCGUCGUUAAAGCAAGUGGACAUGAUUACAUGGGCCGAAGUUCUGGGCCGGUGCCGUUGGCGCUUUGGAUGCAUAAUUAUACCCCUCCUAUGGCGGUCGAGCAAAGCUUUGUGCCCAAUGGAUGUAGAGACCCCAUUGGGGAUGUGAUUACUUUCGGCUCCGGCACAAGUUUUAAUGACUUGUACGAAUUUGCUAACAGGAGCGGCCUCACUGUUGCUGGAGGCUCGUCCGAGACGGUCAGGCCAGGCGGAGGGUGGAUCGCGGGCGGUGGGCACAGCCCACUUUCGCCCGUGUACGGGUUGGGAGUGGACAACGUGAAGCAGAUCAAAGUCGUCCUGCCAGACGGGACGUAUGUGACCGCAAAUAAAUGCCAAAAUUCUCAUUUGUUCUUCGCCCUUCGCGGAGGUGGAGGAGGCACGUUUGGUGUCAAUAUGGAAAUCUCAAUGCUGGCGUAUAAGAACACUGACGUUCAGGUUGCAAAGUUUGGCAUUCCAACCGCGAAUAUGACUCAGCUUCUGAAACUGCUAGUCGCCAAUGCAAAUCAAUGGCACAAGGAGGGCUGGGGGGGAUACAUAUACCCUAGACUUCCUGCUAAGCCCUCAGAGCCGAUUCCUGUCAUUCUGAUAAACCCACGAUUAAACGCCACAGAAGCUCGAGUGUCACUAGCUGCUCUCAUCAAAUUCGCUGACUCCCUCAAAGCUCAAAGAAUUAUUGAGACGCGCAGAUCUUUCUAUGAUGUCUACGAACUCUUUAUAAAAGGCCAUCAAGACGAUUCUGGUAAUUUCGGCGUCUCCAUGGCAUCUCGCUUGAUCCCUUCCAAGAAUUUCGACGGGCCUGAAAACCAGGAAGAACUGGUUGAUGCGCUAAUUGAUGCUGCUUCAGACAGAGAAGGUUACCAGAUGAUGCUGAUGCUCCUUCUAGUCGCUCCGAAUGCAACCAUUGUUGAUGAGAACAGUUCAGUGACGCCCGCCUGGCGCACAUCAACGUGGCAUAUAAUUACAUCCGCAGCAUGGGAUCCCGCCAAUGCAAAUGUCACUUAUACUCAAGCCGCUUUCGGCGCUGUGCAUCGUUCAAUCAAUAAACUUCGUGACCUCACAGAGAGCAACGGUGGUGCAUAUUUGAACGAAGCUGACACAUUUGAAUCUGGUUCAGGGACUGAGUUUUGGGGACGGCUCAAUUAUGAGAACUUGAAGGCUAUCAAGCAACGAUUUGAUCCCAAUGGUGUGAUGUUGGUGCACAAAGGCAUUGGCUCUAAUCGCGGGGACCGUUUUCGUUGCUAUCCUGAUGUUCUAAGCGCGCAGGUUUCCCAAGAUCAUGUCGGUGUGGACAAUUGGGAGCUUUAG